CCUCUCUCCUCCAGAACAGAUCCCCCCUCCUCGCGCCUCCAGCCCCCCUGCCCCUCCCCCCCUGCCCUGCCGCUGCCCUGCUGCUGCCGCUGCCUGUCGCCGUCGCCGGUCGCCGCCGUCGCCUCCGUCAAGGCCAAUCCUGCCGUCUCACCGCUCCUGCCACCGCACGGUUCCGCCGUCGACUCCUACGGUACCAUGUCUCAUCGUAGAGGAUUGUUGGGGUUUGGUAGUCGGUCUUCUGGGCCUGAGGCACAGUCCUCCUCAGGCUCUGGGCCGUAUAUUUCCGCUACUCCAGAGUCUGGUUCCCCUCCACAGAGCGCUGCUGCAUCUGGGUCUAGAAGGCCCAAAGGCAAAUCAGUGGCGCAGAUUAGGGCCGAGUGUGUUAGACGCGACGGGAGGAUCCUCUUUCAGAGGAAUACUGUUGGUAAGUUGAUCGAGCCCCCGGGGAUCUCCACCUGCUGCACGAACUCGUUUAAGAGGAUUCCGAACCCAGGCGGGUACACGUGGAAGUUAACUCCGCCAACGGUGCAGGAGUUGUAUUUUGAGGAAUUCAAGGUAAAUGAAUUUCUACUAUAUAUAAAUUUAGCAUUAUAUAUUGUUGAAAUGUUAUAUUAA